GGGAUUGUUCGUGGCGCUCUCACCGUGCUGCAAAAAGCAAGAGGAGCGUGAAGAAGACCUCAGUCAAGUUUUGUUCGAGGACGAGCCAACGUCAAACUGAUAGCUUUCGCUUCUGCUUGGACAUUAACUCCUAUUCCUUCAACCUUAUUUCGCCACACAGGAGACACUUAAGGACACCGGCCCGGCACGACCAUGGACGACUUCUACGACCAGCAGGUUCCGUUCGUCAUGGUCCCGCCCAGCGAACCCGGCAGGAUUUCGAACGAGCGGAAGAGGAAGUUUGUGGACACGGAGCUGGCCCAGGACACGGAAGAACUCUUCCAAGAUCUCAGUCAGCUGCAGGAUCUCUGGAUCGCAGAAGCCCAGGUGCCGGACGACGAGCAGUUUGUUCCAGACUUCCAGUCGGAUAGCUUGAUGUUCCAUGGCCCACCACCGACCAAGAUCAAGCGUGAGCUGACUGCCUCCAAAGAGCUGUCCCCCUGCCACCAGGACAGGAGUCCCAUGCCCUACGAAGAGAAGUGCCUUUACAUCAACAGUGCCUGCGACGGGAAGUCCACACCCACGUUCAAGCCGUUAACCCCUCCCUCCACGCCGGUGUCUCCGUGUAGCCCAGCAGGAGCGCAUCGCCUCAGUGAGCAGAGUCCUCCUCGCCCAAAUGUAGCCAGCUUGCCCGCUGGACCGCGUCCGGUUCAUGUUCAGCGACAACAGCAUCCCCACCCACAGAGCACAGGCCCACGCAACCAGCCGGCACACCCGGUCCACAGCCCGCCAUUCGCCGUGCCAUGUGCGCCGAUCGGCCAAGAUGCCAACAACUUCACGCCAGAGCACAGGUUCCAGCGGCAGAUGUCCGAGCCAUCUCUACAUUUCCCCCAAUCAGACAGUCAGCUGCACACCCAUUUCCUGCCCCAGGCACCCAGCAGCAACCGCAACAGUCGACCACACGAGGGCCGCCCGCUGUACCACCGGCAAAUGUCCGAACCCUUGGUGGCUGCGUCCCCUCACGGUUUUAAACAGGAACUCAUUGACCCAAGAUACAACGAGCACGGCGUCCCCAACCCUCCAGCUCCCCCACGCCAGGCUGGGUGCCACCUGAUGGACAUCAAGCAGGAGCCCCGCGAUUACUGCUUCGAUUCCGAGGUGCCCAACUGUCACUCAUCAUUCGGGAGAGCGGGGAGCUUCUACCAAAAUAACCAUGAAAGCUUCUCCUUCGACAGAGAUCCUCAACUCUACUUUGACGAUACCUGCGUCGUACCUGAAAGAUUAGAAGGUAAAGUGAAGCAGGAGCCGUCCAUCUAUCGAGACGGACCCCCCUACCAGCGCCGCGGCUCCCUACAGCUCUGGCAGUUCUUGGUCACUUUGCUAGACGACCCGGCCAACGGCCACUUCAUCGCCUGGACCGGUCGGGGAAUGGAGUUCAAGCUCAUCGAGCCAGAGGAGGUGGCUCGCCGCUGGGGGAUCCAAAAGAACAGACCUGCUAUGAACUACGACAAGCUGAGUCGCUCUCUUCGUUACUACUACGAGAAGGGCAUCAUGCAGAAGGUAAAGGUGGCUGGCGAGAGGUACGUGUACAAGUUUGUGUGCGACCCCGAGGCUCUUUUCUCCAUGGCCUUCCCCGACAACCAGAGGCCCAACCUGAAGGCCGACCUGGACGGCCUGCCAGGCCUGGACGAGGACACAGUGCCCCUCACCCACUACGAGGAGAACACUUCCUAUCUGCUGGACAGCGGGGAGCAUUGUCUAGCGGGCUUGCCCUUCGUGGACGGUUGUGGUUAUUGAAGCACAGAGCAGCUUCCUGGCUCUCGGCACACACAAACAUGCAAAACCAUUUGCAAAGUCUCUAGAUGGCCGACUCUUUCAAUUCAAACAUUGAACUGCUGGUCGGCUCGGAGGAACCUAAUGUGGAUCCUGGCUGGCUCACGGACCUAAAACCCAUCCAUGGCUAAGAAUGGACGAGGGUAAAAGAUGAUACUCAACGACGAAAGCCCUCGAGACCUCUGAGAGUUUGUAGAAGAACAUGCUUCUUGAAUCUGGGUCAAAAAGUGCAGAUUUUGUGAUUAUUCUUUUUUUGUGACAAUCUAAAUUCUAAAUGCAGCACUAUUCCGUAGUUGCCUAAUAAUACUUCUUGCGUGUCUGUUUUAAUGUUACUGCACCUGGACUGAAAGAUGAAUGACAGAGCUUUGACUUGCACGCAUGCUUUCAACCAUUCAUGUACAUAUGAUUAUGGGUUUUUCUGUAACAAGACCAGAGGAUUCUUGGAAAUAUUUCAGGCUAGUUGGUCUCCUGUUAAGUUGUUGUGCUCUUUAAAUUAUCCUGCCCGUGUAAGAGAUUGUAUCCCUGCCCCCACUUUGAAGACCUUUGGUACGAUCCCCCAGCCGGUGUUUGAUUGUUCCAUUUUAAAACUAACUAACAUUCAAAAGAGAUGCAUAUGCAAGUACAUACUGUAUUUUCCAGCCGAGAAUUUUUUUUAUACAUUUCCUUGUUGAUUUUCUGGCUCUUUUGAUGCGCUGGUAUGGCAGGAGCACCAUGGCAUUGCAUGCAGGGUAAAAGUAUAAAAGGUGCAGUUUUGCGACUA